GCGCGAAGCCAACCAUGCCAAUGCCCCUCGUCCCCACCACCGACCACCAAUGCCGGCCGCUUCGUCGUCGGCCACGGCAACGCCGGCAACCAGCCGCGGCGGCAGUCGGGUCUCCGCUUUCACGAUGCGCGCGGUGGCGCGCAUGUCGAGGGCGCGGUGGUUCAUCUUCCUGAGGCGGGUAUACCAGUACCAGAACGGCCCGAGGUCUGACCUGGGCUCCAACCCUUUCAACUCAUCCGGCUGGCUCGCUCUUGAGCUCGGCGUGAUCGUCGCGCAGAUGGUCAUCACCACCACCGUUGUGGCCACCUCCCCAAAGGAACGCCCCGCGUGGCCGCUUCGGCUCUGGGUCUGCGCGUACAACGUCGGCAACGUGCUCAGCCUCCCACUCCUCUACUGGCGCCACCGACAUUCAUCGGCCGCCGGACGAGGCGACGACCCCGAGAUGCACGGUGCCGGUGACGCUCUAAGGAACAGCUCGUAUCUGAUGAACAAGGCUCGGGCGUUCCUGGAGCUCUUCUUCGCGAUGUGGUUUGUGAUGGGCAACGUGUGGGUGUUCGACGCGCGGCUCGGGUCGUUCCACCGCGCCCCGCGGCUGUACGCGCUCUGCAUCGGCCUGCUCGCGUGGAACGCCGUCGUCUACUCGCUCCCCUUCCUCCUCUUCCUCCUGCUCUGCUGCUUCGUCCCGGUCGUCGGGUACGCGCUCGGGUACAACAUGAACUCGGCCUCGGUCGGCCGAGGCGCCUCCGACGAGCAGCUGGACGCGCUGCCGCGGUGGCGGUUCAAGGAGCCCGACGUGCCGAGAGACCGCGAGAAGGACGAUCAAGAGUGCUGCAUAUGCCUGGCGCAGUACAGGGAGAAAGAGGAGGUGAGGCAGCUGCCCUGCACACACAUGUUCCACCUGAAAUGCGUGGACAGGUGGCUGAGGAUCAUCUCCUCUUGCCCUCUCUGCAAGCAAGAGCUCAGCUGACCGAUGGCUGCACAUAUACGGCGCAACGGUGAUUGAUCAGUGGAGCUUGCAUUCUAAUCCAGAGAUGCGUCGAUCGGAUGGCGCGGCGCGCUCCGACGCAUGCAGCGCACCUCACUGACCUCUUUCGCCAACCCUCUACUAACCUAGACACUGACCAGCGAUGGAGACACCUAUGUUGCAGCUCGGGAUAGAUUAAUUUACCAGCUUGGGCAGGUGGGAAAUGUGUAAAGAAAUUGUUGUAUCCAUGAGCAGGCGGCCUACGAUGCAAGUACCGUUUGUUCUCCCGUUAGCUCAUUAAUUGUACCAUGCCAACAGCCAAGAACUGCUAGAUGCUGUUGUUCUUG